AUGAAUUGCAAGAAACUUUGGAUCAAAUAUGAAUGACUUCCAGAGUUCUGUUUUUGUUUGUGGAUGCAUGGGCCACCUUGAAAAUAGCUGUGAAGUUGCCAACCAUAUCAAAGAUGGUGGAGAUGAUCUUGAUCUUUUAGAUGAAACCUUUAUUGCAAAUACACAUUCUCUAGUUGGCGAUAAGAUUGAAGGAAACAAGGAGCAUUAUGAGACUAUAGCUAACAGAGCAAGCCAGGGAGAAGGACACAAUGAUACUGUUGCUAGAGAUCUAGAGGCAAAUGAUAACGUGACUAGCAAUGCAAGCCAAAUGCAAGGGAACAAUGCUCUUGGUGUGGGAGAAAUUGCAGUUGAAAUAGCUCAACCCCUAAUGCUGUUGUAAGAGAAAUGACUUUGGUAGGGAAUAUGGAAAACAUUGAUGGUUUGCCAAGUUUGAUGAGUGAACAAUUAGUGGAGAUACCUUUAGCCCUUGGAUUUGAUGGUGUUAAAUAGUUGAUAAGGCAAGGAAAUGGUGCAAAAGGAGGUCAAGGCAAAUGGAAAAGAAUAAGACAUGAGGUGGGGU